AGUGUUUGGGUUCUUCGUUAAUGCUGGGUCACACGUCUGAAGGAACACGGAUGAGUCUAAAUCUUCAGUAACAGGAUGACUUGCCCUUCGGUUCUGGGUUUUGUUUUGUGUCCUCAGGUUUAUAGCUACCCUCAGUCCUCAGCAAAAGCUGGCAAGCUGACAGGCAGCCUCGGGACGGACUUCCUGGCUACUGACCGUUUAGCUGUGCUCACCUGGAUUGUGUGUGGGUGUGAGAUCAAUCAUGAGCUCCGUUGCAGUUUUGACCCAAGAGAGUUUUGCUGAACACCGAAGUGGACUGGUUCCGCAACAAAUCAAAGUUGCCACUUUAAAUUCAGAAGAGGAAAGUGACCCACCAACCUACAAGGAUGCCUUCCCUCCACUUCCUGAGAAAGCAGCAUGCUUGGAAAGUGCCCAGGAACCUGCCGGAGCCUGGAGUAACAAGAUCCGGCCCAUCAAGGCUUCCAUCAUCACUCAGGUGUUCCAUGUACCUCUGGAAGAGAGGAAAUAUAAGGACAUGAACCAAUUUGGAGAAGGUGAACAGGCAAAAAUCUGCCUUGAGAUCAUGCAGAGGACCGGUGCUCACCUGGAGCUGUCUUUGGCCAAAGACCAAGGCCUGUCCAUCAUGGUCUCUGGGAAGCUGGAUGCUGUCAUGAAAGCCCGGAAGGACAUAGUUGCUAGACUGCAGACUCAGGCCUCAGCAACUGUUCCCAUUCCCAAAGAACACCAUCGCUUUGUCAUUGGCAAAAAUGGGGAGAAAUUGCAAGACUUGGAGCUAAAAACUGCAACCAAAAUCCAGAUCCCACGCCCAGAUGACCCGAGCAACCAGAUCAAGAUCACCGGAACCAAAGAGGGCAUCGAAAAAGCUCGCCAUGAAGUCUUACUCAUCUCUGCUGAGCAGGACAAACGUGCUGUGGAGAGGCUAGAAGUGGAGAAGGCCUUCCACCCCUUCAUCGCUGGGCCAUAUAAUAGACUCGUCGGCGAGAUCAUGCAGGAGACAGGGACGCGCAUCAACAUCCCCCCACCCAGCGUCAACCGGACAGAAAUUGUCUUCACGGGAGAGAAGGAGCAGUUGGCUCAGGCUGUGGCUCGCAUCAGGAAGAUUUAUGAGGAAAAGAAAAAGAAGACCACAACCAUUGCGGUGGAAGUGAAGAAAUCCCAGCACAAGUAUGUCAUUGGGCCCAAGGGCAAUUCAUUGCAGGAGAUCCUGGAAAGAACUGGAGUUUCUGUUGAGAUCCCACCCUCAGACAGCAUUUCCGAGACUGUGAUUCUUCGAGGCGAGCCUGAAAAGUUAGGGCAGGCAUUGACUGAAGUCUAUGCCAAGGCAAAUAGUUUUACGGUCUCCUCUGUCUCUGCCCCUUCGUGGCUUCACCGUUUCAUCAUUGGCAAAAAAGGGCAGAACCUGGCCAAAAUCACUCAGCAGAUGCCAAAAGUUCAUAUUGAGUUCACGGAAGGCGAGGACAAGAUCACCCUGGAAGGCCCCACAGAAGAUGUAAACGUGGCCCAGGAACAGAUCGAAGGCAUGGUCAAAGAUUUGAUUAAUCGGAUGGACUAUGUGGAGAUCAACAUUGACCACAAGUUCCACAGACACCUCAUCGGGAAGAGCGGAGCCAACAUAAACAGAAUUAAAGACCAGUACAAGGUGUCCGUGCGCAUCCCUCCUGACAGUGAGAAGAGCAACCUGAUCCGCAUCGAGGGAGACCCACAGGGCGUGCAGCAGGCCAAGCGGGAGCUGCUGGAGCUUGCAUCUCGCAUGGAAAAUGAGCGUACCAAGGAUCUAAUCAUUGAGCAAAAAUUUCAUCGCACAAUCAUUGGGCAGAAAGGUGAACGGAUCCGUGAAAUUCGUGACAAAUUCCCAGAGGUUAUCAUCAACUUUCCAGACCCAGCACAAAAAAGUGAUAUUGUCCAACUCAGAGGACCUAAGAAUGAGGUGGAAAAAUGCACAAAAUACAUGCAGAAGAUGGUGGCAGAUCUGGUGGAAAAUAGCUAUUCAAUUUCUGUUCCGAUCUUCAAACAGUUUCACAAGAACAUCAUUGGGAAAGGCGGUGCAAACAUUAAAAAGAUUCGUGAAGAAAGCAACACCAAGAUUGACCUUCCAGCAGAGAACAGCAAUUCAGAGACCAUUGUCAUCACAGGCAAGCGAGCCAACUGCGAAGUGGCCCGGAGCCGGAUUCUGUCCAUUCAGAAGGACCUGGCCAACAUAGCCGAGGUGGAGGUCUCCAUCCCCGCCAAGCUGCACAACUCCCUCAUUGGCACCAAGGGCCGUCUGAUCCGCUCCAUCAUGGAGGAGUGUGGUGGGGUCCAUAUUCACUUCCCCGUGGAAGGUUCAGGAAGCGAUACUGUUGUCAUCAGGGGCCCUUCCUCGGAUGUGGAGAAGGCCAAGAAGCAGCUGCUGCACCUGGCGGAGGAGAAGCAAACCAAGAGCUUCACUGUUGACAUCCGCGCCAAGCCAGAAUAUCACAAAUUCCUCAUUGGCAAAGGGGGUGGCAAAAUCCGCAAGGUGCGUGACAACACUGGAGCCCGCAUCAUAUUCCCAGCAGCUGAGGACAAGGACCAGGACCUGAUCACAAUCAUAGGAAAGGAGGAUGCUGUCCGCGAGGCACAGAAGGAACUGGAGGCAUUGAUCCAGAACUUGGAUAAUGUGGUCGAAGACUAUAUGCUGGUGGACCCCAAGCACCACCGCCAUUUUGUCAUCAGAAGAGGACAGGUCUUGCGAGAGAUUGCUGAAGAGUAUGGUGGGGUGAUGGUCAGCUUCCCACGCUCUGGCACACAGAGCGACAAAGUCACCCUCAAGGGCGCCAAGGAUUGCGUGGAGGCAGCCAAGAAACGCAUUCAGGAGAUCAUCGAAGACUUGGAAGCUCAGGUGACAUUAGAAUGUGCUAUACCCCAGAAAUUCCAUCGAUCUGUCAUGGGCCCCAAAGGUUCCAGAAUCCAGCAAAUUACUCGGGAUUACAGUGUUCAGAUUAAAUUCCCAGACAGAGAGGAAAACCCAGUUCAUAGUGUUGAGCCAGCAAUCCAGGAGAAUGGAGACGAAGCUGGGGAGGGGAGAGAUGCCAGAGAUGCCGACCCCGGCUCUCCCAGGAGGUGCGACAUCAUCAUCAUCUCCGGCCGGAAAGAAAAGUGCGAGGCAGCCAAGGAAGCUCUAGAGGCAUUGGUUCCUGUGACCAUCGAAGUGGAGGUGCCCUUUGACCUUCACCGUUACAUCAUUGGGCAGAAAGGAAGCGGGAUCCGCAAGAUGAUGGACGAGUUUGAGGUGAAUAUACAUGUCCCAGCACCUGAGCUGCAGUCCGACACCAUUGCCAUCACGGGCCUUGCUGCAAAUUUGGACCGGGCCAAGGCUGGGCUACUGGAGCGUGUGAAGGAGCUGCAGGCUGAGCAGGAGGACCGGGCUCUGAGGAGUUUUAAGCUGAGUGUCACUGUAGACCCCAAAUACCAUCCCAAAAUUAUUGGAAGAAAAGGGACAGUGAUUACCCAGAUCCGCUUGGAGCAUGAUGUGAACAUCCAGUUUCCUGAUAAGGAUGAUGGGAACCAGCCCCAGGACCAAAUUACCAUCACGGGGUACGAAAAGAACUCAGAGGCUGCCCGGGACGCUAUAUUGAAAAUUGUGGGUGAACUUGAGCAGAUGGUUUCUGAGGAUGUCCCACUAGACCACCGUGUUCACGCCCGCAUCAUUGGUGCCCGUGGCAAGGCGAUCCGCAAAAUCAUGGAUGAAUUCAAGGUGGACAUUCGCUUCCCACAGAGCGGAGCCCCAGACCCCAACUGCGUCACUGUGACGGGGCUCCCAGAGAAUGUGGAGGAAGCCAUCGACCACAUCCUCAACCUGGAGGAGGAAUAUCUGGCCGAUGUGGUGGACAGUGAGGCACUGCAGGUUUACAUGAAGCCCCCAGCUCACGAGGAGUCCAAGGCACCAUCCAGAGGCUUUGUGGUGAGGGAUGCUCCCUGGACUGCCAACAGCAGCGAGAAGGCUCCUGAUAUGAGCAGUUCGGAGGAAUUUCCCAGUUUUGGGGCUCAGGUGGCCCCCAAGACCCUCCCUUGGGGCCCCAAACGAUAAUGAUCAAAAAGCAGAAACCUCUCCAGCCUGCUGACCUGAUCCUGACCACACAAUGGUUUGUCUCAAUCUGACCCAGUGGCUGGACCUUCGUAAAUUGUUGACGCUCUCCCCCUUCCCGAGGUCUCGCAGUGAAGCCUGGUGCGGCCGGCUACGUGUGUGGCUGCUGCUUUGGGCCUGGUCGGCACCCAGCACCUGCUCAGGAUCUGCUCCCUGACUUGCUCUGGGACAGGCCCUCCACUGUUUUAAACACUAAACAAAGGUAAUUGAGCAUUUCGUGAUAAGAUAACACAGACUCCAGCUUCCUGGUCCACCCAGCAUGUCAGCACUCUGACCUUCAUUACGGGAGCUCCGGAGCUCCACAGCUGUGGCUAGGAGUCGACUUCCUGUGUCAUGACCUCAGGAAAUAAAUUUCCUUGACUUUAUAAAAGCCAAAAUGUUUGCCCUCUUCCUUUCCCACCUCCCUCCUGCCCAUUGCCUGUUGUCCAGACCUUCCUUUUUGUAGAGUGCAAUCAGCCUCCUCCAGAUGCCAAAAAGUCUGCUUAGCACAGAUGACAGGGUCGGGGGAAGGCCUAGCCUCAGUCAGGUGUCCUGGAGCCAGAAGGGACUAAAAGGGUAGAGGAUCACUUGGUUUUACUUGCUUUGGGGUCUGAAAGCACCAAAGGUAUCCGCCCCUACCCCUCGCCCUCAGCCCUGAGGUCUGGUGAGUGGAGCCUGUGGACAAGGCUGCAGGUGCAUGUGUCAUCUGGGUCCCCAUGGCCAUCUUAGUGGCUUGGUGUGACCUAAGAUCCUCACAGGGAGGGGGACGGAGGUGGAGAUACUAGCAUUUUGGUGACAGUUCGGCUUUCGUUUUCACACCACCCUCAGCUCCCCAUGCCCACCCCUCCCCCAGACACCGUGUGUUCAGUUGCCUUCUUUCUACCUCAGCCAGUGUGGUAGUGGUGUCAUGCGUAGGCUAGUGCCACCCCCAGUGCUUGUUUCUCAAUUCAGGUGUUUCUGGUGGUUGUAGGUUUGCUGCGGAGUUGGGGGCGGAUGCUGUGUGUCGAGGCUUGAGGCUGGUGCCCUCCCAAGCCCACAGGUGGUUCAGUGGCCAGCUGGGGGUCUAGAGCAGGGAGUGCACACUCCCAUCCCCCCCAGGCCAUCCUGGUUUUGCAAGCCUCUGACAGGCAUGCUCAGGUUCUGUGUGCAGGCCCCAAGGAACGUUGGUCCCAGGCUGUUGGCCUUGAGAGGCAGGUUUCCUGAUCCUGGGGUAGAGAGAAGCUGUCACUUGGCCUGGACCAAGAAGUGAAGCAGAAUGAGGGCAGAACCAAACAGCUGGGAGCUGAGAGCCUCUGCAGGCUCAGGGAGGGUCUGUCCUUCCUCAGGUGUGCGGCAGGUGAUCCUGAGUGUAGGACCAGACAGCUGCAAGCUGGGAGCCUCUGCAGGCUCAGGGAGGGUCUGUCCUUCCUCAGGUGUGCGGCAGGUGAUCCUGAGUGUAGGACCAGACAGCUGCGAGCUGGGAGCCUCUGCAGGCUCAGGGAGGGUCUGUCCUUCCUCAGGUGUGCGGCAGGUGAUUCUCAGUGUAGGACCACUGGCCUUGGCACAAUCCGGUGCCCUCCAGCCAUCUGGGUUGAAGGUCCACCCUCAGGAGGAAAGAUGGUCUCACACAGAGGCACCUCUGUUGUGUUGUGAGGACCAAGGACAGGGUCUUUUAUCUCUGGGUCAUCUGGUCUUCCCAUCCCUGCCUGUGUCCACUGUGCAAGUGACUGAGACACUAGCGAGUUGUCCUGUCCCAGAUACUGGAGUUCCUAGAAAAGCCAACUUGUGCCCAUCUCACAGCCCUUUCCUGGGGACAGUCAAUUCUGGUUUGACACCCCACCCCAAAAGUUUUUCACUAAGUUUAAUAACUCAAACUUAGUCAUCUUUAGACUGAAAUUCCUGAUUAGAUUGAGAAUUGCUUAACCCAAGUCUAACUUCAGUUGCCUUGGCAAGUUCCCAUUAGCUCGAGCAUCCCUAAAUGUGCCCAUUUAUGGGAGUGAUAAAUUGGGAUAGGAAAGAACACUCUGCUUAACAGGCUAAGUGACCCUGAAUUCGGUGGAAUUAAUGGAAACAGAGCAAGAAGGCAAGGUGCUUUCUUGCCUUUCCCCGGGAGCUGUCUCCUCUGUCUCCGGGGCCUUAGCCGGGGAAGGCCUGUCACCUCUCUUCCAUCUGAGUGAGUUCUGGAACUUCUUCCUGUGACUGACUUGCUUCACUUCCCGUUUUUCAAGCUCCCUCUAGUACCUGUCCCAACCUGUUCCUCUUCCCUUUGUCUUUUUUACAACGUUCUUCUACAACAUCUGACCUCUACCCUUCCCCAAAGGCAAAUUUUAAAUUCUCACAACGGAUUUUUGCGCAUCUUCAGUUACUGCUAAAUGUCUGGAUUCAAGCCCUUUCCUGAACGGUUCAGGGGUCUCACUUGCUCCGCCUUUUUUUGGUUAUUAUGAAGUGACUGUGCCCAGGCCCAGCUCCCUGCAGCCUCAGGUGCUCGGGAGAGCCCUGGGCAGAGAUGGGGUGCCUAUCCUUUUCCUCCUUGUUAAAUGUCUUCCAUUUCAUAUUUCCAUAGCUGUGAUCCAUCCCUUGGCCUUAACUUUGGAAUUUGGAGAUUAUAUGCAAACAUGUGUAAAGGCUCAUGAAUAUGGAUGACACUGGAAUUUUAUAAAUUCUAAAAUAAAGCCCGGAACCAGA